AUGGCGCCCAAUGUAACCCAUCCUUCCAAAGAGGAGAGACUGGACGUGUACUUAGAGAACACCAUGUGCGACAUCACAAAGGUGGUUUGGGGCUGCCCACAGGGGGAGGCGAUGUCGUGGUCGGUCUGCAACACAGCCGAUCUGCCACAGAGCUCAGGAGAAGCCGAGAGAUUCGACCCGGAUCGCCUCCAGGAGCAUGGGCAGCAACUUCUGCACUUUCUCCGUCAGCGAUGCCGCCGGGAAGGUGGCACAUACUGGCUCUUUCGUGAGCAGAACAGCUCCCGAGCGGAACUCUUCGACAUUAGCAACUCCGCAGAGCGGGAGGACGAAGACGGCAACUGGGAAACCUCAGCAGCUUUCAGGACUUCGCCCUCCCUGGCGACACCCAUCGCCUCCUUGUGCUUCCACCUCUCCAAGUCCAUGUCGCAAGAUUCUGACCAGCGACAACUACUUCAGAAGGCCACGCAGCUGCUAGAGCCGCUUCAGGAAGAGCAGUAUGGGCUCUACGCCACCGCGGCCCUUCAACUGGCGUGCUCGUACAUGCGCACGCCGGUGGCUGCCAUAUCGGACAAGGGCUCCUCAGUCGCUGCGCCUCCUGGCAAAGCCCCAGCUGCAGCGCGUCUGAGUGUGGCGAUGCGCUACUUAGAGAAGGUGCUUCGGCUACUGAGCAGCCUGAGCGACGAUGCCUCCACUUUGCGUGCAGGGCUGCUGCUUCAAGGGCAGGUGGCAUACGCCGAAUGCAUCCUCAAGUUGGUGAAGGAGGCUUGUAUCCCAACCUACUCGGCCUGGUUGGCGCAAGUCCAGCGCAGCUCCCAGGAGAUCAUCCAAAAGCAUGGUGCCAGCAGUGCAGCAGCGCAGAAGCAGCUGUCACAGAUGAAGCAGCUUAGUGCGGCGUUCUUGCUCUGGCGUCUCUUUUGGCUCUGCCGUGCUCACCGUGCCUUGAGCUUUCUUGCGGCGGAGAAGCGGGAGGUGGAGUGUUGGACCCUGGACCGAGAUCUCAUGGAAGUGAUGGGAGAUACCCUCUACGGUCUCAGCCGCUACCCGGCCGAGGACGUGAAGUCGCUGCUAGGUGGCCAAAUGUCUUCUGCAGAGGGCAUCUGCAGCAGUGUCGCUGCGGGUCUCCGGAGCUGGGCCUUGUCAGGUGGGAAGGUUGUUGUGGACGCCCAAAGCUCUGAAGGGCGACGUUCCAAGCGCCGCCUUCCCAGUCCCGCCGCCUCCUCCGGUGACGAGGAGGCCAAAGAGCCCUACGACGUCGGCGCCAUGUUCCUGUCAAAAUUGAAUCCCUUGCAUCGCGCUCUCGGGGAUCGGGCCCUGGCGGAGGACUCCUUAGUGCGUGACGACCUACGGUCGAAGAUGUGGACGGAGGGUCUGGCGCUGCAGCGGUGCAUGGCCUGCUACGUGCGCGCCGUGGCGCGUCUUCGGGCGAAGGGCGAUUCCGACGCCGACCCGCAGUCUCUGAAGGUGGCACGCAAACUGGCGCAUCUCUACAACGAGGAGGCGCGUGUCGCGCUGGCGGGUGGCGAUCAGAACGAGAAGGCGGAGGAUCUGCUACAGCAGGCAUCCACGGAUGCUUGUGUACAGAAAACAGUCAUGUCGCAGCCUCUGGACACAUUGGGUUCAGAGAGCGACAGUCAUGCUCCUUCACUGGUGCAGCUCGAGAACGUUCACUUCUUGAUCGCAGUGGAAGAAGUCUGCAGCCGACUGGCUUUCGAAUUGCAAUGUGCUCGUGCAGGCUUGGACAAUGUAGAAACUUGUGAGACUUAUACCGACUUCAUCCGGGUCAUGGACGAUUUGCAGACCCACGACGACGAUGGUUGCAAGCACCUAGUUGUCAUUCUUGGUCAGCGUUCAUGGCUAUCGUUGAUGCGAAGCUUCGUCGCAUGCUCUCGUCCAUUCCAUGUGAUCGAUGCGUCCAUGGAAAGCGUGGGUGGGAACAACGUGAAGCUCCUCGCUUCGUGCACCGAUCAUGAGUUCUCAGAAACAGUCAAGGAAUGCCUGGGCCUUGGGCCGGGAGAGGCAGUGAAAUCCUCCGAACUGCCCUCUGCCUCGCGGGCGUCCACCAGCGCUUCCGAAGCGCUGGACUCCAGUCCUGUGGGUAGGGUUUAG